GUUUUCAGUGUGGGUGUAUGUUUAUAUCUAUGGUUAGGCGCGUUGGGUUGCUAACAAUUAAAUAUUCAAUCGAUAUCGCCCGCGCACCGCAGUUGUUGAUGACAGUUCUGACGUGAAAGUUUGUGAUUAGUCUUGCUUAGAAUUCAGUUUGUAUUUGUUGUGACUAUGCAGAGGAAAGACGACCAAGAAACUGAGUCCAUUCUUACAGACCAAUGUAAAAGCACAUGUAAACCUGUAGAAUCGAGAAACGAAUUUAAUCACAAUUCAAAUAAAGAAAAUUCUGUUACAACAGGAUCAGCUUUUGCGAACCUUCAUCAGAGAAAACCAAAACCAGUGAAAAGUGUGGUUCCGAAAAACAGAAUUGAUCUCCUGAAAUGGAACGGCUGGGGCUACAAAGACUCUCAGUUCGUCGUGAAGGAUGGCAUCAUACACUUCACUGGAGACAGGUACCCCAUCGGAGAGCUGAGCUUGCCGUACUUCACCCAGUUCGUGAUGGACGUGUUCAAAGUCGAUCUGUCCAAGAGAAACGUGCCCCAGCCGCUGCCUGCUCCCGAGGACUUUCCUCGGCCAGCGGUCGCCCCAGAGUUCGCGGCGGGCCUGCGGGGGCUGGGCAUCUCCCACUCCGUGGACGGCGUGGACCGCCUGGUCCACGCGCACGGCCACACGCUGCGAGACGUGUUCACGCUGCGCCAAGGCCGGUUCGAGCGCAUCCCUGACGUCGUGGCGUGGCCAGGCUGCCACGAGGAGGUGGUGGCGCUGGUGCGGCUGGCUCACGAACACAACGUGGUGGUGAUCCCCUUCGGCGGGGGCACGAGCGUGUCGGGGGCCGUGAGCUGUCCCGCGGGGGAGCGCCGCACCAUCCUCUCGCUGGACACCUCCCAGAUGAACCGUGUGCUGUGGCUGGACGGGGAGAACUUGCUGGCGUGCUGCGAGGCCGGCAUCAUUGGCCAGGACCUGGAGAGAGAGCUCCAAUCACAAGGCUUCACCGUGGGCCACGAGCCGGACUCGUACGAGUUCUCCAGCCUGGGUGGCUGGGUGGCGACGCGGGCGUCCGGCAUGAAGAAGAACCUGUACGGCAACAUCGAGGACCUGCUGGUGCACGCUCGCACUGUGACGCCCGCGGGCGUGCUGGAGAAGGCGUGCCUCGCGCCGCGAGUCUCCUGCGGCCCGGAUCUGCACCACCUCGUGCUAGGCUCCGAAGGGACGCUGGGCGUGAUCACCGAGGUGAUGCUGAAGAUCCGCCCGCUGCCCGCCUGCAAGAAGUACGGCUCCGUGGUGUUCCCGGACUUCGAGAGCGGCGUGCGCUGCCUGAGGGAGGUGGCCAGGAAGAGGUGCCAGCCGGCGUCGGUACGGCUGAUGGACAAUGAGCAGUUCAGGUUCGGGCAGUCCCUGCGGCCCGUGCCGGGCUGCCUAGGGCACCUGCUGGACGGAGUCAAGAAGCUCUACCUCACCCGGGUGAAGCGCUUCGACCCCGACACCAUGUGCGUCGCCACGCUGCUCUUCGAAGGUGAGCCGCACCAAGUAGCCCAGCAGGAGACGCUGAUCUACGCUCUGGCCUCGCAGUUUGGGGGCAUCCCAGCCGGCGAGAAGAACGGCGAGCGGGGCUACGUGAUGACCUUCAUCAUAGCGUACAUCAGGGAUCUAGGACUUGAAUACAAUAUUGUGGCAGAGUCUUUUGAGACGUCGGUGUGCUGGGAUCGAACUCUCUCUUUGUGUGAGAAUGUGAAGCACCGAUUGGCCAAGGAAUGCAAAGCGCUGGGCGUGAAGCACUACCUGGUGUCGUGCCGCGUCACGCAGACCUACGACUCGGGCUGCUGUGUGUACUUCUACUUCGCGCUGAGGUGGACGCCGGAGCACGCCGACCCCCUGGGGCUGUACGAGCGCCUGGAGGAGAGCGCCCGGGAGGAGGUGCUGGCGUCGGGGGGCUCGCUGUCGCACCACCACGGCGUGGGCAAGCUGCGGGCCCGCUGGUUCCCGGGCCAGGUGUCUGCCCCCGGCGUGGAGGCCCUGCUCGCCGCCAAGCGCCGGCUGGACCCCCGCGACAUCCUGGCCUGCGGCAACCUGCUGGGCUCCAAGCUGUGAGCCCGCCCGUGCAACCGUGCAGCUUCUGUUGUUACAUGUUCAACAUCUCUUUUAUGUCGGAGUUACCCAGUAUCGCCAGCCAGUACACAGCAUAGCACCUACUGCUGCACUCCUCAUACUGCCGACGGGUAGGGGACAAGGUUGAUCUGCUAAUUUCUGUGAAAACGUUAGAUUCCCAUCUUAAAACUUGACUAUUAUAUAUAAAAAAAGAGACUGACUAAUGUGAUUUGUUAAGGUUUGCCAGACUUGCUAUCUUAUGAACAUGUUCAUUUCAUAUCUUAUCUUAGAAUAAAAAUUUUUUCAACGUUCACUAGUUAUGUAUGACAUAAGUGAACUUCCUUAAGUUGAAAUUACUAUAAAGUUAAAACAUACUUGUAUUUAAAAGUAUAGUUGUAUUUUUUUUUUGUCAUGUUGUAAUGUUAAUUUAAUACAAACUUUUUUUUUUUGAGCAAUUAUUUGCAAACACAAGUACUGUUGAGAAUGACUAAUUGAGCCUGUCCAAGUUGAAAACCUUGUGUGUGUAAGUAUCUGUUCAGUUGUUUGUAUGAGCGAAUUGCGAGGAGGUUUGUUUCUCAGGCAGCUAGGUAGUUUCUUGAAAGUGUUUCCUGUUGCGUGUGUAUAUUCUACAGCUGAGAUUGUAAUGUCCUCGGUGGCUUAGGGCUCUUGUGAGUAUACACAUACAUGCAUGCAUGUGCUGAGCACUGCCUGGUGCUGGCUGACAGACCGGCCGCUUCUCCCGGACUAGCGAGAGGCUAGCGACGGUCCUCCCAGGCUUGCAUGCCUUCGUUCUGCGUCCGUGCGUCACUGCAUACCGUGCUAGUAAGAGUUCAGUUCUCUCACGAGCUGUUGUAACCAUGAGGUCCCUACGUUGAGAACACUGCGCCAUUGUGUGGAUGGAUGGUUUCAUAUUUUUUCCUGAGUUUAUUAUAGAUUCACUGUAAAACGCGAACAGAUGUUUCAAAUUUCAAGCAGUAGAAUGUAGAGAUGAUUAUUUUUGUGGAGUAUAUUCUAAACUAUUGCUUAAAAAUUCAUCAGUGAUGUAAUUUGUUGCCAUAAAUCUAUAUAAUGGAUCCUUUUUUUUUUUUUGUAUCACUUAAACAAUAAAAUAUUUAUGGUAGUGACAUUUAGUUGCUUUUUAAGUCGGAUUAACGAGAAGUUCAUGUUAUAAUUUCGAGCUGCUGAACAAUACCUGUGUGUUAACUUAUGUCAGUUGUAAGCUUACAAGCUUGUGCUAAUUGCUUAUGCUAUGUUAGCAUUUAAGAUACGGGCCAAUUGCUGUAAAUAUUGUACCGUGUGCAUUUUUGUAGCAUGAUUUGUCCACAAUCAGCGUGAGUUGUUCGUAGGUACAGUUCCUCACAAGCAUGUUGUGAUGCAAUCUCUCAUGCUCGUAAUCUGAGGAAAUCUAUCCUAUUGAUUAUGCAGCAGGAUAUUAGGGUGGAAUAGAGAAACUUGCUCGUGGUGAUUGGUGGAACAUUUCAGAGGAUAGCCAUGAGAGUGUCUGCGACCCUGUAGCGUGAGUGUUGUCCGUCGUCUGUGGCUGGUGGAAAGGAGAGCGAGCAGAAGUUCUUGUGUUCCAGAGUGACGGUCACAUAGAUCUGAGUGAAUGAGCUAGGUCUUGUUUUUCUAAGAACUAAGCUAGGUACUGUCCUCAUAGUCGUAAGGAAUGUAUUCAUUUAUCAUGUCGAUAAGUGUAACUGAAAGUUUGCAUAUCUGAAACACUUUGUUCUUGUAAGACUUUCCUUGAACCCUACAGGAACACAUGCAUUGCACCAGAACGUAAAUGUGACACCUUUAUUUGUUAUAAAAUUUAAAAGUUAUCUUUAAAUUCAAAUGCACCCCAUGUGGUCACCAGUGCUGCCUAUAUCUGCUAUUUGUUCAUCCAGUCAGCUGGUACACAAUUUUGUAAUCACAUCAGUGUAUUGUAGUUAGUGCAAUUUUUUAUUACUGAAGGUAGUCAGAAAAUGGACUCAUAAGAAACCUUUAAUUGUUACAAUCAUGAUAAACUUAAAAAGUUUUUACUAGUCAAUACACAUUGUUUUCUUAAAAAUGUUUGUGAAAGAUUUAUUUUAAAAUAAAAUUAAUAUAUUAUUCUUUUUAAGUGUGAAUAAAUUAAAACAAAAAAACUGUAUGCUGGUAUGGUAACAUGUAUAGAAUUUUAUUAAAUUUUGAUUAAUAAUAA